AGAUGGAACUUUCCGUCGUCAAUCUAAAAGUACGUCUGCUCAGCCACUUACCAUUGGCGCAGUUUUAGGUGCAUUUAUCAUUGUGAUCAUCCUUCUCGCAUUGUUUGCUUUUUUUAUGCGAUUACGACGAAAAAUACACAAGGAAACCACCAGAGCCUCUGUAUCAAUACAAAUGUCACCUGUAAUAUCGCAGAAUCAACAAACUACAGCACUUACGUCAAAGAAAAGAAAAGAACAAAAUAAUCACCAAUUACAUAAUGUUGAAGAGAAAGCUAAGAGAGGUCCCCCUACAAAUAAAACCAUUCUUACAAGGAAUCUACUGGCAAUCAUUGCUAAAAUGUCUGGUGCAGAGAACGCUGGAUUCAAACACGAAUAUCAUGAAAUUCCAAGAGGAGAAUUGUUUUCCUGUGAAGAAGCUAAGAAGCCUGAAAAUAAACCUAAAAAUAGAUAUACAACUACAUUUCCGUAUGACCACUCUCGAGCUGUACUGAAAACCAAUUCUCCUAAUGAAAAUGACUAUAUCAAUGCAAAUUAUAUCGAGGACACUCAGAGUAAUCGAAAGUAUAUUGCAACUCAAGGCCCAAAACCAAAAACAGUGGUGGACUUUUGGAGAAUGGUUUGGCAGGAAUGUGUGAACACUAUUGUCUGUCUGACCAAUCUUAAAGAAGGGACAAAGAUUAAAUGUACUCAAUAUUGGCCAAAUCUUAACGACAAAAUGCAGCAUGGUAAUUUUAUAAUCAGAAAUCUAGGAGAUAAGGUAUACGCCAAUUACACAUCAAGACGAUUUAAAGUGUACAACAACAUGGAACGAAAAGACCGUGAGGUGUUGAUGUUCCAUUACACAAGAUGGCCAGACCACGGGGUUCCUGAUCCACUCAAUCUUGUUGUGUUCCAUCGUCACGUGACGAAAACGUCACCCCAAACUGGAAAAUAUACAUUGGUGCACUGCAGUGCUGGGAUUGGUAGAACCGGAACUUACAUAGCUUUAGACGCACUCUACCGGGAAGGGGAGAGAAAUGGUAGAGUCAAUGUACCUAUGUAUGUCAGAACCAUGAGAAAAGACAGAAUGAACAUGAUACAAGGGGAAGACCAGUACAGAGUCCUAUAUCUCGCUCUCUGUGAGUCGUUCAGCGGGAGAUCAAGAUGUUUGACAGCAGAGAAACUUACUCAAGGUGGAUCCUGCUACUCAAGUUGUGGAGAAGCUACAAAUACAAAUCCCUUGUCGUCGGAGUUCCAGAGUCUACAGUCUCUUCGGCUUAAUUAUACAGAGAAAGAUUACGAACCUGGACAAACAAACAUAUCUGCAAAUUACACAGAGAGUGUUCUGCCGGUGGAAAAAUUCAUGUGCUAUCUGUCCUAUACAAAGGGAAGGAACAACUACUACAACGCUGUUAUACUUCAGUCCUUCACAGAGAACGACAGUGUGAUCAGCGCCCAGUACCCACUUCCGGACUACACUGAAGACUUCCUCAGACUCAUCAGAGACUUUGAUGCUCGUGUUGUGGUUUUCCUUGGUCCACUGAAGGAAAUAAAAUCAUCCUCCCUUUGGGUUCCAACAAAGUCCGAAAAUAAAAUAGUAGGCAGUUUUGUUCUUAAUCUGGCAACAUCGACCAAUUCGGUCAACUUUACAACCAGGAAUAUUGUUCUGCAGCCAAGGGGAAGCAGCGACAUAAAAAUAACGGUGUUUGAAUGUAAGACCUGGAGAGAAGGAAGGUUCCUUACCGACAAAAGAGUCCUGCUAGACGUGGUCAAGGAGGCAAAAGCAGAGAAAGACAAGGAAGAGGGGAAAAUAUUGGUUUUGUCCAGUGAUGGCGCCACACGUUGUGGGACAUUUUGUGUGGUUUAUAACGCUCUAGAACAACUCUCUAUGGAUCAGGAAGUGGACAUCUUCACCAUCACACGACAACUUCAGAUCCGUAGACCGGAGUUUGUGUCGUCUUUGGAGGAAUACCAGCUUUGCUAUGAUGUUGUUGCUGAAUGCAUGCAGAAUGACAGUGUGUACGCAAACUGUUAGACAAAGGGAGGGAACUCUAAUAGCUUUGAAAAAACUGAAGUGCAAACUUUCUUAUAAUAAUGAUUGAUUUCAUGUCAUGACAUUGUGCAAAUUCAUAAUAUAUUGAUAAUGCAUAUUAAACAGCGCAAUGUUUUUUGCAAAGUAACCCCGACCGGGGUUCCAGGUUCCCCAUAUUCCUAAUUACAGACUUACUCAUUGAACUGAAACCACUUUUUGAAGAUUGCUUAAAUAGACUGUUAUUUUUUUGGCCCAAUGCUUUUUACGCUCUAUUUUUGUAACACGACCUUGCAUUUUUUUCUUUUUAUAACAAUAAUAUUGUGUAGUCAAAUGUCAUCUUUAUGCUUUUGAUUUUCAAAUGACUAAUUUUUU